AUGGCAUAAACCCCAAAUCCUAUUUAUGAAAUACAUUUUUAUUGGAUUGCUACUAAUGAUCCGAGAAUUUUAGUAAUCACAUUUGCGACAUGGGAUGUUUAUGAAUUAAAGUCUGGUUCAGGAGAAAGGGAAGUGUAAUUCAUUAUUGAGCACAAUUUAAAUGAUGCCACAAAUGGACUAAUCUCACUAAUUGGCAUCAAACAUAUAGCUUAUUACUAUAAUAUUGAAAUAGAUAUUGCAGAGUUAACUUCAACACAUAUUACUGUUUCCGCAAGGACUUAUUCCCAAUCAAAAUUGGAUUAUAUUAAAUUUAAUGUUCUUCUGGGUACUGCAGAAUCAUUAUGGUCAUCCCCUGUGUAAGCGUUAAUCAAUGCUCCAAAUCAUCCAUUUGUUUCAAGAGGGACAGGUGAGUGCGAUCUUAAUAUUAUAAUUGACCGACCAUAAAUUUUGGGAAACUAUCAACUUAUUCCUAUUAUAGCAGGUAGAGGUUAUGAUGUUAACAACGGUGAAAACUUUAGAUUGAAAUUUCUAAAUAUUGAAUUGAAUACCAAGAUAUAAUUUAUUCUCAACACAUGGUCAACUUCGAUAGUCUAUAGAGUUUAUUAUUAAGGGGCUAUAUUUAAAUAUGAUCCAAACUUCAAAAUUUUUGAUCCAUAUUGUGCUGAGCUAUUUUCUGAAUGUGAUUUUAAUGGUGAUACUAUAAUAAUUUGUUAAAACACACCUGACUUGCAAGCUUUAGGCUGGUCUCAAAAUAUCCGUUCCAUUAGUAUUCCAAAAAACAGAAAACUACAUCUUUUCAAUAGCAUAAACUUUUAAGGAGUGAAACAAUCUCUCAUUUAAACUUAGUAAUGCAAUGAAUUUCAAAACAUUUCAUCUGCUAAAUUUGAUUCAACACCCUCUUUAAUAAAAGUACUUUAUCUAUCUUCAAUUCCUGCUGAUAAUUGUGUUACAAUUUUAUUCUUUAGUUAAUGCAACUAUUAAGGGGAGUAUUUUCAUAUAACUAAAGGAGAAAAUUUAGAAUUAUCAAAUAUGAUUCCUUUUGAAAUCAAAUCAAUUAAAACUUGCCCUAAUGGCCCUAACUAUGUUUAAGGAUCUAUCAAAACAAUUACUACUUCAUAAUCAUGUAUGAAUAGCUAUAAAUUUCCUAAAUAUAUUAGAAAUAAUUGA